CUUUGCUCUUUAAAUAACCGAUUGGUUAUUGAAAAAAAAAGCACGAAAACUAGUCUGCCAUUUAAUUUGUUUGUUUGAAAUUAUAAACAACAAUAUGCCGAAAAAUAUAACAAGUGAGGUGAGAGAAAUAAUUUUAAAAGUUAAAGAAUUCAUGGACGAAGAAAAGCGAAUGCAAGUACCAAUUAUACCGCUUAGUAAAGUAUACGUAAGAGUAUCUGCCGCCACAGGCGUGUCGGAGCGUACUGUUUUAAACAUUGUUAAAGAAGCUAGACUGAUCGAACAGGGUCUGUUAGAUCCAGAAACUUUAAAAAAGACACCCAAAAAAAGAGUACGAACAAAAGGAAAAAUUGAAGUAGACGAAUAUGACUUGCAAGUAAUACGACGAAAAAUUCACGAAUUCUAUGCAUUUAAAAAAGAAGUACCAACAAUAAACAAACUGUUACAAAUAUUAAAAGAUGAAAUCAACUUCAAAGGUUCAAGAGAAACAUUAAGAAAAAUUCUCCGUAAAAAUGGUUUUCAGUUCCGAAAGACAAAAAAUAACAAGGAAAAAGAUCAAGUCCCAGAAUCUACUUCAGCAGUUCCUCCCAUGGUGCCACCAUAUAUCCACUCCAUGUUUAGUCAUAAGAAUAUCCAAUCAUAAAUAUGUAAAAUUUGGAAAAUUUCAUAUUUAUGAUAAAUUAUAUUGUAUAAUAAAAAAGGUUGUUGUUUAUGUCAGCAGUGUAAAUGGUGUGAAAGGGAUACUAAUCAAUAAUGUUUGUGUUAAGUGAUAAAAUUAAAAAACAUGAAUCUUAAA